UAGCUCCGCCUACCUUUCCACUUGGAAAGUGACAUGAAGUUGGGAUCGGAGGGACUGCCGGUGGGGAAGGAGAUCGGGGACUCCGGAGGAGCUAUGGGGUGGGCGAAGAGCCAGAACCUGGGCUGAGAAGAAGAGCUAGGACUCCUGGGUCUUCUGGCAGAGUAGCUCCAGGGGUCAUCGCAGAGAGCCUAGAAGCAACAGUUGGUGGGGAAGCGGAUGUGUAUGUGGGGAGUGGUGCCUAGUGAUUAUAGCAAAGGGUGUGCAUGUGUGUGUGUGCGCGCGUGCGUCUGGAACUAGAAAGACUGAGGAAGGGAGUGAAGUCCCGUGGUUGGAACUGAGCGUGGGGAAUAGAGAUAAGGGGCAGCAGUCCUGGGUUCUCUGAAGUGCAUAUUCUGGGGCAGGAGGAGUUCGGAUUUUUAGCUACUGGGGAGGGCAGUAGUGGUAAUAAUUAGAGAACCCAGCCAGCCUCCUGAGUUCUGGGAUCAUCGGAGAGUCGCUGAGGCUAGGGAGGGUUACAGCUGAGAAGCCAGGAGUCCUGGGCUAUCUGGAGUGAGAGGCUGGAGAGUUCAGUGGUCAGAACACUCGGCAAUGGAUGAGAUGGAGGAGACCUUUGGGGGGCACGGAGAUUCCAGCCCUGCUCCUUAUGAGGAGCUGGUGACUGCCAUGGCCGGGGGAUUGUAUGGGGAGCUGGAGCGGCUUGUAGCAGCCCACGGGCCUGCAGCAGUGUCUGGGCUCCUGCCACAGCUGGUCUCUGUGCUGGAGUCACUACAGGGGGCCUGUGGGCAGGUACGGGAGCGGGAUCAGGCCCUGGAAAGGCUGCGGGAUGAUCGGCUGCGGCUGCUGGAGCAGUACGAGCGGGAGCGAGCUGGGCGCAAGCGGGCAGAAGAGCGGUACAUGGAGCUAGAAGACUCGAUGGAGCAGGAACGUAAGGCGCAUGGGACAGAUCUGACUCGACUGGAGGGGCAGAGCCGUGCCCUGGAGGGGAAAGCACGGAGCUACGCAGAUCAGGUGGCCAGUAUGGAAGAACAAAAGUCUUCACUCCUAAAGGAGCUCUCAACUCUCAGUCAGACUCAUGCAAAGAUGGUGCAAAGCUACAAGGAACUGAAAUCACAACGGAUGGUUUUGGCUGGUACAAGCCAAACUGGAUCUCCAUUUGCAGAAGCAAAAAGGCUGAAGCCCCCACCACCCAGGACACCCCCACCAUUUCUGCCAAGCACCUCAGACCCUGGACCUCCUGAAUUGCCUCAUCCCCUGGAGGAGACUGUGAAGACUGAAGAGCUUCUGCCAUCAGAGAAGACGCCCCAGAGAGAUGCCGAAAGAAAUGACUUCCCCUUGGCCCAAGAAAUGUCACGGCCGGAGAUGGAUGCCUCUCCUGCUCACCAGUGUGGGUUGGAUCUGGAUGAUCUCCUGAGCUCCACUCCAGAACUGGGACCCAACUCACAGCAGCCCAGCAGCCCCCUGAGUUCCACCCUCGAGCGCAACAUGGUCUCACUUUUCGCCGAGGUCUCGGGCCUCAGCCCUGAACUCCUCAGCGACAUGGAUGAUGGUGCCGAUUUGCAGGGGGACGCCUUAGAAACCCUGAUGGCAGAAAAUGUGCAGCUACAAGAGGCACGGAUCAUUCUGGAUACUGCCCGCCGCCAUCUUAUCGCCCGCGUGGAGGAACUCAGUGAGGAACGCGAGUCGCUGCGGAUGGAGCGCAAUGGGGUGUCUGGGGCCCUGAGCCGCUGCCAAGCGCAGCUGAAGGAGGCUGAGUCUGAGCUCAGCCGAAUCAGACGGGAGUUUGAGGAAACCAGACGUCAGAGUGAGGAUGGGGAGACUGAAGGAGGUUCAAUCCAGCCCCAGCGCUUCACCAGAGCUGAGAUGGCCCGUGUGGUGAUGGAGCGCAACCUUUAUAAGGAGAGGUUGAUGGAGCUGCAGGAAGCUGUUCGACGCACUGAGCUGUUAAGGGCUUCGCGGGAAGAACAGGCAGUUCAGAUGAAAAAAUCAUCUUUCUGGAAAAUCUUUGACCGCUUAUUUAGCCCGUCGGACUCUCCAGACAGAGCUCCUGCAUCUCCCUUGCCCCCAGGGAGGACACGGACAAGCCCCAGCAGCCGCAGUGAAUUGGGAUGGAAUGGAGGACAGUCGUCUCCAGCUUUGAGAUAUAUCCCACGAGCGACUUCACCCUCUGAGGCUGACACCUCCCCACAGCAGAAGCGUCGUGAACUGUACCGGGAGAUCCGCUCAUACAUCUGGCAGGAGCAUGGUCGGAUGCAGAUCCAUGGAUGGAGUCAGCCACCUGCACUCCAGGGCCAGGAUCCACCCCUGGGAAGCGAUGAUGUGCCUGUGCUGGUGCAGCCACGGAUGCUGGACCAGAAGGACCCAAGCACCAAGCUCUGGUGUGCUGCAGCCUCAGUUGAGUCUGAGGCUUCAGAUCUAUCAAAGACUGGCACCCCUCAUCAGUGCUUCACAGGCAGCUCUCUGUUGUGGGUGGCCUCAGGGACCCACUCGGCCAGUGAGGUUACCCUCUUUGAUGCCCAGAACCCUAACCAGCUCUUGGAACAUUUUGUGAUACCUGGAGUUCACAUCCUCUCGGUUGCAUGUGUACCCGGCCUUACUGUGCCUGGUGGUGAGAGCCCAGAACUAGAGCCAGAGAUCCUGGAAGACCCCUUGGCACCCGGAUCUGACAGCGAGGAUGAAAUGCUGGAGGUGGAGGUGGUCGGCACAGAACCCACCGUCUGGUUUGGGACCCAGGAGGGCUGCAUCUAUAUUCACUCUGCUGAAAGCGACUGGCGGCGCUGCCAGGGCAAAGUGCAGCUGAAGGAUGCUGUCCACUGCAUUGUCCACGCUCAGGGCCGUGUGGCAGCCGCGCUAGGGGAUGGAUCUCUGGCCAUUUUCCACCGAAACGAUGCCCGGAAUUGGGACCUUCACGCCAUGCGCCUGGUUGACUUGGGAAGGCCACGGCGCUCUAUUCGUUGCGCCAUCCCUGUGCUUGACCGGCUGUGGUGUGGCUACGGGAACCGGGUCUACGUCCUGGAUCCACGCACUGCUCGCGUCCAGCGGUACUUUGAGGUGACGUCACAUCCUGAAAGUCAAGUGCGGCACUUGGUGGUGGCUGGCAACGGCGUCUGGGUCUCCGUCCGACUGGAUUCCACUCUACGCCUGCUCCAUGCACAGACCGGGCAGCCCUUGCAGGAGGUGGAGUUGGGGUCCUGCAUCAGCCGCAUACUUGGGCCUGGCAGUCUUAGUUUAGCCCUGAACAUCUCAGCACUUGGUGCUUUUGGGAAGCGGUUGUGGGUUGGCACAUCUGGCGGAACUGUCAUCUCGCUGCCUUUUAUCUCCGAGUUUGCCAGAAGCUCAGACUCUUCCUCCCCCAGUGGUGCCCCCUUCUGCGCCAUGGAGCAACUGCAGAUCAGCUACCAUGGGCACCGGGAUGCUGUCCGUUUCUUUGUCUCUGUCCCAGGCUGUGUAAAUCCAUCCUCUUCUGAGAACCCAAAGGAGCUGCUCAAAGAGAAGUCAAGCAAGCCUUGCAGCUUGGUGCUGAGUGGAGGAGAGGGAUAUAUUAAUCUCCGGAUAGGUGAUGACACAGAUGAGCGCUAUGGGGAUCUGCUGCUCCCAAACCCGCGCCUACGUCGAGCUGAGCGAAGCCAUCUCAUUGUCUGGCAGGUGCAGGCCUGAGGCAGCAUGGCGGGGGGCACAACCACUGCUGUGGGGUGAUGCGUCAGAGCUCCCAGCUAGCUAGGCGUGGCACAGUUGCCAGAGGAUGGUGUUGCCUUCCCUUCACUCUCCCACUUCCUUCCCUCACAUGGUUGGGACUUAACCCUCUGGGGUUUACAGCAUUGAGGUAAUGAUGGAUUUUGCUGAGUUCUCAGCUGGUGGUGGGGGAAACACUGUGAGGACACUGCAAGGACCUAUAUUUCCUGAACAGGCUCGGCAGGAGUGUGGCUGGUGGUUCUUCUGCCUCCCUCCUUUUUAAAUUAUUGGCGCUGCUGCUUGUAAACUGGAGUGCAUUGUUAUGCAAUACAUUGCCUGCUCCUGGAUGGACUGUGCUCCUUCCAAUUCUGCUACAUUGGCUCACUUCUCCCUAUAUUGCACAACAACUUACCUCUUACUGCACAGGUAGUUGGGAGAUGAGAGUCAGCAUGGCUGAGACAUCGAGAAAUGUCUCAUCUGCCUAGUGAAUUAGAGCCACAAGAGGCCGAGAACCAGGACUUCUGCUUCUGGGAGAGGAGCAGCAUCCAAAUAACCCUCCCCUUCUGGCUCCCACUUGGAAUGUGAUUCUGAUGGACUUUCUGAUUAUAUGGGUUGGGAUACAGGGGUAAGACUGGUGAAUCAGGAACUACAGGACCUGAAGUAUUGAAUACGUUGUCGACAAACUGCAGCAGUGCUUGGAGAGACCACAAGGGGGCUCUCUCUUGUCCCACAGUGCUGCUUUUUGAUCUAGAAGAAGCUGAACAGGGAUUGGUUGAUUUCUAGUGCUAAUGAGUUAAUCAAAUCCUGCCUGGAGGAGUGAUGCAAGUCCAGGUUCCCGCCUCAUGGUUAGUUUCUCAGGGUUGCUGUUGUGUUGUCCGUCUGUCUCAACAGGUGUAAGGGUCACUCACUGGCAGCAUCUCCAGAUCUGUCUCUGUGGGAUGGUUUUUCAAUAAAGCUGUAACAAUAAAUUAUCUCCUCAGUCA